UCCAAGCUGUACGGGGUAAAUCGCGUUCGAUUUCUCGAUACGUUCGCCCGUGACUCGUACUGAUGCGAACAAGACUCACGAGGGGUCGGUGGGCCGUAUUCGGUGGCUUCACCUUAGUUUGUCUCGCCAAUUUACGAUUAGCGAUCUGCGAUAAAAGUCCGGACAACGAGGGAAGAGUACGCAGGGAGGAAGCCCGGCAACAUGUCUGCUGCGCGAGACACGAAAAGAUGAUCGACGUUGGAUACGGAAUAUCGGGGGAGGUGAUCCAAAUCGAUGCCGGCCAUUGUCGCAAGCUAUGCCCCCGACACGUUCUGGACGAUCCUGGGGAUGCCAGUCGACCCGCGGUGCAGAGAUGCUUCCCGGAAUCGCAUUGUCGGACGAAGCACGCGAAAAUGGAGAGGGUGUCGACGAUCCAGGGUGUUCGGGUGAUCGAAGUGAUAGAGGAUUGCGAGUGCACGCCGGAUUCGUCCUGCAGACGGGAAUCAUUGACGCAUUCGCUCUAUUCGGCAUCUCAUCUGGCCGUGAUGGACGUUGGUGUAUGCAUGGGUCACUGUGCUAAUGAUCUUGGAUGCAAACCACUGAGGAACAGAACGGUCAGCAUCAAAGGACCGAAUGGGGACGAAGUCCAUCAGGUGAUCGAGAAAUGCGGCUGCGCCGGAAUCUGCCACAGAAUGGAUCUAAUGGAGACCGUUCUGGACUUCAGCGAAGUCGAAAUCAAAGACGGAACGAACACUACGGACGUUAGGCCGGUCAUUCGGCAAAUCAACGUCGGACAGUGCGUCGGCACGUGUACCGGAAACGAAACGGAAAUGUGCCUUCUACGAGUGAAAAAGGAACCGUCCAGAUGCCUGGCCAGUUUGUACAGGAAGCAAAACUCUUGCACCCCCGCCAGAUUCAAAGUUCACGAGUACAGAACUCGUCGGGGAUCGAAGAGGGAGAUCAUUCAAAUCACUCAGUGUGCCUGCGUCUGAAUAGACCCAGCGAGAAUCGGUGAGGGUCUGUUCGAUCCAGCCGAAUAAACGGCGAGACAUUAACGAAUUAACCUAUUUUGUGCGCAAAAGUACCGUUUCGAUGUUCCUACA